AUGCGAAAUCUGAUUGUUGGCAAAGUUGCUGCCAACUACAACUACCUCGUCUAUUCAUCGUUUGACACAUUAAAUACAGUCCUUUAUGAGGACACACACGUUGGGUAUGACGUUCUGACUCUCCUGUGGAAGCCUGAUGGGAGACAUUUCUGUGUAGUGGGCAACAUCUCCCAACACGCCGAGAUAACUCUAACAGCAGACGUGUUUCCAAAUUCACGUUUUGGUUUUAAUCAGCGACGUCUGCUCGUGGCAACAAACUUGUUAGAACCUGCCUGCAGUACUGUGUCGGCCAAAUCCCCAAAGGUCAUUGCAUUGCCAGGCUUUCCGAGAGCAACCACCAGUGAUUGUCCAUCAAUGAUGAGUGCAUCAAAUAGGAAACUUGAUUCAGUAGGGGAAAUACAUUUAGAGAAUCCCCUCUCUCAAAACCUUGGAUUACACAGAGAGUUAUUGCAGAAAAUGGUCCAAGAAGUGUCUAAAAAUGGCAACUUGGCAGCCAUUCUGUUUAUGCAAAUCAGACGAUAUAACAUCACGGAGCCAGCAGACGGAGAAUGGGGAGUGUUGAACGGAAGUUGGACAGGACUAAUAGGGAUGCUGGCUAGAAAGGAGGUGGAUGUGGUUGUUGCACCACUGGCACGACUGUUUGAAAGGGAGCAAGUGGUUGACUUCACGGCGGGUUAUUUUGUAGACUAUGCGAGAUUUGUCUACAUGAAACAGUCUCCACCGGAAGACAAAUGGUGGACGUACCUCGCUCCUUUCAAGUGGGAAGUGCACCUGUCUCUGCUGGGAGUCUUCCUCGGUGUCUGUGCGAUCGCUCUGCUCAUUGAGCAGUUCCAUCCUCGGAGGAGGGCGAACAGAAACGCUACUGGAAGACUAGAUAUUUUCUGGGGUUUUCUCGGCCACCUCCUGCGGCAAGCUAGAGUCAUUGGAGGUUCCUGGCUGUUUUUCACGACUAUCACGGCAGCAGUGUACAGUGGGAACCUAAUUGCCUUUCUCACAGUAAAUAAAGAACAACUUCCAUUCAAAUCUGUGAAAGAGCUGGUGGGACAAGAGCAAUACAAGUGGGGCAUUCCUGGAGGUUCAGCGUACGUCACACACCUAACGUCCUCAAGCCAACCAGAAUACAAAAGAUUAUGGAAAGGAAUCCUUGAAUUUGCCGAGACAGACCCGGAUGUACUUUCACUCUACUUGGACAUGCAUAUCAACAAAGUACUAGCAGGCCAUUACGCAUUCCUGUUGGGAGAAUAUGCCACGUCGUUCUACUUCUCAAACAACUGUGACGUCACCUAUAUCCCAGAGAAUUCAUAUCGAAAUAUAUUCAGCGUCGCACUACCCAACAACUCUCCAUACACUGCACAGUUUUCAGAAAGGAUCAGCAGAAUGACAGCCAGUGGGGUGUUGGACAAUUUGAAGCUGAAGUAUAUCACUAAAAGUAUCUGCAACAUAAACAAACACUCGACAAAACCUGCACAAUUGGACGACAUUCAAGGGGCCUUCUAUGCUGUGGCGAUUGGAGUUGUGAGAAAACUGAACUGGACGAAUGCCGUGUUUGUAUACGAUUCAUCGGCAGAGUUCUCCAUCAAUGAGUUGACGGUAUUAAUGUCCAACCAACUUAUGACAUACAAGUUGGUGGAAACUGGAGACAACUCUACGAAUAUACGAAAUCUGAUUAUUGACGGAGCUGUUGACAAGUACAACUACAUCGUCUGUUCAUCGGCUGACACGUUAAAUACAGUCCUUUAUCAGCUGGGGUGUGAUUCGCUGAAGAUCUUCGCUGAAGAUCUUCGCCAUUGGUUGCUAAUUACUAUGUCGCUCACGACACAGUUCCAAACUCUACAGGACGUAAUCCACGAUUACCUCCAAAAAGGAGCUCUGACUUGCCUGGGGAUGAACCAGGCCCAGGAUUCUACUCUUGGGUUUUCCUGGUUCCAAAACGGUUAG